AUGGCUUCUACUUUUGAAAUCCAUGCUAUUCAUGCUAUCAACACAACAAAAAAAGAUUGGCCCAUUAUGGUUAGGGUGAUUCAUAUCUGGAGAUUACCAGAUGUGAUUGGAAGAUUAUUUGGAAUUGGAGAGUUGGAGGAACUGAUUAAGGAUGGGAAAAAACAAAAACGAAUAGAAAUAAGCCUAGAAGAUGCAGAGAAAAACAAGGUGAGUUGUACUUUAUGGGGAGCCUUUGCAGAUGAUGUACUAAACUUGACAGAGGAGGCACUAAAAAAGCCAGUUAUUAUCAUAUUGCAGUGGUUUAAGAUUAGAGAGUUCAAUAGUAAUCACUUGGAUGAAGAUAUAGAGCUAUUGACUAGCCAAAAUUCUCAGUCUAUUGGUGAAUCUUUGCUCGCAAUGCCAAAUAGGGUUAAGAUUGAAGAACUAUCAGAUUGUAAACAUGAGGACGAAGUUGUGACUCUUGGCACUGUUGUUGAUAUUAAUACCAAUAGGGAUUGGUUCUACAAUGCAUGCAAGAAAUGUAAUAAGGAGUACUCCUUGAUUGUGAUGGGUUCUAUUGCACAAAGCGCAAUAGAAAAGGCAAGACUGUUGUUUAAGGUGACAUUUACUGCAGAUGAUGAUACUGGAUCUGACACAUUCAUUAUGUUUGAUCCUGCAUUUUCUAAGUUUGUAAACUGCACUGCUACUCACCUAAGAGAGUCUAUUCCUAAGGAAUCUGAAGAUGAGGUUGUGCUUUCGGAUUGUUUUUAUGAGUUUAUUGGGAAGGAGUUUGUGUUCAAGGUUUCCAUUAGAGACCCCGCGAAACAAGGCUUCUUGGCUGGCCACAUAGUGACCCGUUUUUGUGAAGAUUCAAAUGUAUUAAGAGCAUAUAAGGAAGGCAUAGAUGACCUUCCAAAUAGUCUACACAAUGACAGUCAUACUGAAACCACAACUGAAUGUGAUACUUCACAUGUAGACUCAGAAGUUGGUAAUACAGGUGAAAGCACUCUUUCAAAAAGUAUUAGCUCUAAAACAUGCCUAAAGUUAAGUGAGAAAGAUGCUAAUGGUGGUGAUUUUUCCACGAAUGUGAACAAGAUGCGUGCCCUUCCAAUUGGUGCCUCAAUAAAGGGAAAAAAUAUGCGUGACAUGACUGUCAAUAAUGAUAGUAGUGAUGAUGAACUUAUUUCAUCGGUCGUGAACCGUGUGAAGAUAGAGAAAUGA